AUGAAGGCGCGAAAGCGGCCUCUUGGACAUUUAGACAAGCGGAAAAAGGUCACACGAUGUCAGUCUUGUCUUUCGAGGCGUAUCAAGUGCGAAGGGGGCAUUCCAUGCAGAUACUGUGUUCGAAACGAUAAAGACUGUCUCCCACAGACUGUGGUCCAUGGUGAGAUCAAAUUCAUCGCGGUAACGGAAAUCGCACCAGUAUCCUCAACCAUGCCAUCGCAAUUGAGCAGGCAAGAUGAUGACGUCUACCUGGAUCUAUUUGCAGCCUUCAUCCGUCGAUGUCAGUUCACAAGUGGCUUUGUAUCCGUCGAUUCGGACCUGAUCUCUCUCAUUUAUACUUCUCCUUUGCUUCACAACCUUGCUGUUGCGAUUGGAGCGUUAGAGGCAAGUAGAAGAGUCUCUUGCAGCAAGACUUAUGAAUCGAGAACAGCUCAGGUCGUCGCAUUUAAAUCUUAUGGCAGAGCAAUAGCUGCACUUCGAUCCCGAUUGACUAUUACCAAAGCAUUACACUUCGAAGAUGUACUUUGGGGUUCGUUUCUUCUUGGCUUGUUCGAACUGAUAUCUGAAACAUCUGGAGAGCGAUUUGCUCAGCACAUGUUGCUCGGAAUGUUGAGAUUGCUGCAACUUAAUGGCCCUGUCCAAUCAUGGGCCUACCUUCGCCGGAAGUUGGUCGAUGCAUUUCGAGUACUAGAAGCGAACAGGGCCAUUCUGUUUGGAAAUGGCACCUGCCUCUCGCAGCCUGUGUGGUUGCUUAGCCAGCCAGGUAUAACUGCUAGAGAAAACAUUUUCUCUGAUCCUACGGAGGCCAUUCUAGUAUUGAAGAUACAGAUGGCCUCUUUUAGCAAACGCUUCUUUGACCAGAUCGAGAGCAUCCCCAAACAUCGAAGACCCUUUCACCCAGCUAUACAGGCUCUUGCGUUCGGAGGUGUUGUAAUAGGUCAGAAACUAACUGGCCAGCAUUGA